UCGGAAUUAGAUUUAUCGGACCGGUUUCGAUCGAGAGUGCUACAUAAAUUAUUGAUCUCUUUCCUUUCUGCCAGGUCGGCGUUUGAAGGCAGAGAGCUCGGCGACUCCGUGGGUUUCGUGGCGAAUCGCCGGAGAUCUGUUGCUCGCGAAACGGUUAGUAGCUGGGGGAAGGAUCGGAGAGUGGAGAUGGAGGGGACCGUGUUCACCCCCUCGUUGGAGGGAAUCAAGCAUGUCCGGUCAGAGGACGGGGUAAUGCUCACCAAGCCUUUUCUGGAUGUCUGCAAGCUCAUCCUGCCUGUGUUAGAUAAAUUUGGAGCUGCUAUGUCACUUGUAAAGUCAGAUAUAGGAGGCAACAUAACGAGGCUGGAAACUAAAUAUGCGUCUGAUCCUUCAAAAUUUGAACACCUCUACAGCAUGGUGCAAGUAGAAGUAGAAUCUAAAACAGCUAAAGGUUCUUCAAGCUGCACCAAUGGUCUUCUGUGGUUAACGAGGGCCAUGGACUUUUUGGUGGAACUAUUCCGUAACUUGCUUGAGCAUCCCGAUUGGACAAUGUCACAGGCCUGCACAGAUUCCUACAGCAAGACCUUAAAGAAAUGGCAUGGCUGGCUUGCUAGUUCUAGCUUUACGGUUGCCAUGAAACUUGCUCCAGAGAGGAAGAAAUUCAUGGAGGUUAUUGGUGGCUCAGGUGACAUAAAUGCAGACAUAGAGAAAUUCUGCACAACCUUUGCUCCUCUUCUUGCAGAGAACCACAAGUUUUUGGCUAGUGUUGGUCUGGAUGAUCUUAAGGCUUCUUGAUGGAGAAAUCCUCCUGUCACGGUCUUAUAUCUUGCGAUCUCUUUUUUGCUGCCAAUUAUAUUUCACUUUUGUUUAAAGGAAAAUAUUGGACGGUAAAUAACGCAUCCAUAUAGGUAUUCUCUUAUUCACUUUAUGAGCAGGAGCACGCGGCUUUCUUAUAAUAAAACUGGCAUUGCAAAUAACAAACAAUUCUCUGGUCAUAUUUUCUUUAUGGUUGAUGCAUAGCUAAUUUU